GCCGCCGUCCUGGUCGCCAUGGCCACGUCCGCGCUGGCACAGUGCCCGUGGCACCGCGACGUCAAGGAGCUGCAGUCGUCCUGCAUCUGCGCCUACAACCUGGGCCAGGAGCUGUCCGUGCAGUGCGACAUGGUGGACUUCCCCCGGCUGCUGUCCGCGCUGGACCGCUUCGCGCGCGACGCGUCCCUCGACCUGCUCUACGUCAACAACAGCACGGUGGGCAGCCUGGCGGACGACGCCUUCAAGCACCUGCGCCUCAAGAACGUGCAGCUGUCGGGCUGCCGCAUCAAGAGCAUCGCGCCGCAGGCCUUCCGCCACCAGGAGGCCACGCUCAAGAACCUCAACCUGCAGGACAACGAGCUGGGCGAGGUGCCGGUGGCCAGCCUGCGCGGCCUGCGCAACCUCACGCUGCUGGACCUGUCCCGCAACCACAUCGAGCGCGUCCCCGGCGCCGCCUUCGCCGCGCUGCACAGCCUGGCCACGCUCAAGCUGGCCGACAACAACCUGUCGCUGGCCGCGGACGCGUUCCAGGGCCUGGAGGACACGCUCAAGAACCUCAACCUCAAGGGCACGCGCCAGAAGCGCGUCCCCGAGGCCAUCAAGGGUCUGCGCACGCUCGCCUUCCUGGACCUGGCGCAGAACGGGCUGCGCGAGCUGCCGGGGCCGGCGGGCGCGCACAUCCUGGAGGGCCUGCACUCGCUGUCCGCCCUCAACCUGGAGAGGAACCUGAUCCAGAGCGUGGGCGAGACCACCUUCCGGGGCGUGAGCGACACGCUAUCCUCCCUCAGCCUGCUCAACAACCUGCUCACCGACUUCCCGGCCGCCGCCGUCAGCAACCUGCGCGAGCUGCGGGUCCUGGACAUCGGCUUCAACCUGCUGACCGAGCUGCCGGCCAACGCCUUCCUGGGCACGCCGUCGCUCACGCUGCUGGCGCUGGACGGCAACCCGCUGGCCGGCGUGCCGGAGCGCGCCGUGGCGCACCUCAACACCACGCUGCGCGGGCUGUCGCUGGGCGGCCGCUUCCUCAACUGCGACUGCAGCCUGCGAUGGGUGGCCGAGUGGAUCGCCCGCGGCGACCUGCAGGUCACGAGCCGCGAGCGGAACCCCCAGUUCUGCGGCAGCCCCGCCCACCUCAAGGACCGCAGCUUCUACGCCAUCCAGCCCAACGAGCUCAAGUGCCCCGGCGACAAGGAGGAGCCCGAGCAGCCCGAGGAGAGCAAGCCGCACGACGACGAGGACCAGGACGCCGACCCUCUGGACACGGACUACCACGUCGUGGCCGUCAGCUCGCCCGCGCCCACGACGCCCUCCUCGACCACGACGACGACGACCACGGUCAGGACCACUGCGGCGCCGACGACCACCACGACUACCACGGCGCGCCCCACCACGGUCGCCACCACGACGACAACGACCACCACCACCACACCGCCGCCGCCAACCACGACGACGACCACGCCAGCCCCGACCACCACGACCACCACAGCGCGAAACACGUACCGCCCGACGUACAAGACGAGGCCCACGACGCCACCCACCACGUCCACGACGCCGCCGACGACCACCACGACCACGACCUCCACGACGACGAGGCGCGGCAACGGGCUGGUGGCGGCGCGGACCACGGCCGCCCCCGGGGUCUGGAGGAGCAACGCGGCGCCGCAGGGCAGCGCGCCGCCCGCGGCCGCCAGCCUCCCCACGGUGCACGCCCCCGGGCACGGCCCCGGGCUGGUGCCCGGCCUCGCCCCCGGCCACGCUGGGUCCGCCUCCAUGCACCGGCCGCCCCUGGUGCUGGGCUUCCCGGCCGGCAAUCACGCCAAGCAAACCGAGCCCGAGGAGGAGGUGAAGGUUCGCAGCGCCUACCGCCAGGACAGCUCCAUCAUCAUCCAGUGGGACUCGCACACCGCCAACAUCCUGGGCUUCCGCGUCGUGUACCGCCUCUUCGGCGACAAGAGCUUCAAGCAGGGCCCGCCCCUGGAGGCCAGCGAGCGCGAGUUCAAGAUCAAGAACGUCCCCUCGCAGGAGUGCAUCGUGGUGUGCGUCAUCUCGCUGGAGGAGGUGAACGUGACCCCCGAGAUGGUGCCGUACAGCCAGUGCCGCGAGGUGCGCACCGUCACCUCGCCCACCAGCAACAUGGACAAGAUCACGAUCGCGGCGUCGGCCGCCAUCUGCGGCACGGUGGUCAUCGCCGUGAUCGUGUUCGUGGCGGCCAGCCGGCGGCGCACGCGCAAGCUGCACACGCUGCAGCAGCACGGCUCCAAGAACGGCAUCCCCGCCGGCGGCAGCGUGGGCGGCCUCGGCCUCGGCGGCGGCCUCGGGCUGCCCGUCGGCUGCUGCGGGCCCACGCCGUCCCCGGCCGGGCCCCUGUCCUCGCUCGCCACGCUCAGCGCCUUCACCAACCACAAGGACUGGGACCAGGUGUCCGUCUACAGCAACCGCAGCAUCAACAGGGCGCCCCGGAUGUACCACGUCGAGCGGCAAGGCUCAAUAAAUGCUGGAUGUGCUGCGGAAGAUGUUCGCACACAUGCUUCUCACUUCGCCAGCAAGCCUAAGACACGCUCCAUCGCCGACGGCCAAUCGCAGCACAGCUUCUCCAAUCACUCUGGUCGCUACCUGUCCGGCAACUCCUUCGCCCCUGGUUUAGUAAACUCUCCGCAAGAGUUGCGACAUUCUCGACAGUCGCUGGCAGUUUCUGACCGCAUGUCCAGAGUGAGUUACCCAGCCAGCCAUGCAACGCACCACCAGCCCUCUGUAGCGUCGUCGCGUCGCCAGCGACCCCGCUCACGCACCCGCGAAUCUACAACGAACCAGUCUCUAGCUCACAGCCAUGCCCCAAGCAUGACCAGGCCAGGCAGUCGAUACAGUGCUGCAGGUUCAACGCAUACUUUGAAUAACUACUGCGAUACGUCAGACAAUUGGACGGACCAUGACAUGGACAUUUACAUGGCUCGCAAUCCAACAACAAGGACUGGAUUAGUGCCCCUAUAGCAUGUAGCCGCUGGCACACAGCAACACAAUCACACACCAACUUCCAGCGAAGAGAGUGAGAAUGGAUGGUUAAAUCGUGUUAAAGAUGUAACGCAAGGGAAUAGAGCAGCAGUUGGGUCAUGGAGUUACCGCAAAAUUUGCUAAAGCAGGAUGCAAACGAAAAACUAGAUCCAAAUUGGAAAAAUAAUAACAUGCUCCAAAAAGGAACAAAAUUAAAGGAUGUGGUGGCUCCAUCUGUGUGUAUGUGUAAGAUAGCUUCCAAAAGUAAGCUACUGUUGAGUAUUAAUGGGAUGGCCAAAACAAAUUUAUAAAUUUAUUGAGGUCUCCCAGUUAGUUGUGUGCCAGCACACUGCAAUGCAUGCUGAUGAAGUAAUGUUAUGUCGAGCUUCUAGACAAACUAAUUUAUAUUUUAAAUGUCCCACACAAUUAUAUGAUAAUUUUGAAUUGGGUACAGUCCAUGCCAAAAUCAAUUUGAAAGCCAGCAGAGCCACAAUGUGCCAUGGUUCUGACAAAAAAAAAUUAUUCCAUUUUCUGACUCCGAAGCAUAGUUGAGUGCAAGAAUUUGACUGAAUUAUAAUUCUUCAGACUAUUUCCACUCAAGUCUGUUAAGAAAUCUGAGUCAUAACAGGAUAUCUGUUAUAAGGAGACAAUGACAAUUAUACCAAAGAACUGCUCAAGGCUCAUGCCUUCUUUCAAGUAACUGUCCAAACAAUAGCAUCAUCAGUGACACCCCUCUAGUAUUUUUUCCACUUCGUUUUAAUAGAAUGUAAUCAAUUUUUUAAAUUAUUGUUCGUUUCUAGGAGAAGCAGUAGCUGCAGCAGUUAUUGAGAAAUCAAUAAUUAAAUUUAAAUUUUGACAUCGCUAUAACAGCAGCAAAUAUUUCAAACCAAUUAUGGUAGCUGAGGUCCAUGUAUGGGCUUUCUCCAAAGGGAAAAUAAUACACAGAGAAAGGAUUAAGCCCACUGAUUAAUGUUACCAAGGUAAAAUCUUAGUUGCAGGAUAUAUUUGAAUCAAUCAUAUCACUGCUCAUUUCUGGAGGGAGCAAGUUCUGUUAAGCCUCUAAAAUUUAGCCCUGACUUGCAUGAGAUAAUAUGUACUCAGAAGUGCAAUAUUAUUAGUCAAAAUAAAUUAUGUGUAAAUAAACUGUUAAAGAAAGAUAGGUAUUCAAAGUAAUCUAGGAGUAAUCUAAGAAGCAACGUAAUAAUAAAUUUUAAAUUACUAAAACUACCAUGACAGAACAGGCAGUUCAUUGUGAUGAACACAGCUACCUGCGUUUCUCAUAGACACUAAUUUAAGGACAAUAUACCAGUGAAUAGAUUACUAGAUUUUAAGAAACUGUGAAUUGAGUGACUGACAUUGAACUUGUGACAGCUAAAGUUGAGUAAAAUAUAAGACAUAUGCCAAUUCCGCUGAAGAGGCACAUUCAGAUACAUUAAAAGUUGAAAAGGCUGGUGAGGAAUGACAAUUUUUAUUUAUGUACAUAAGACACAAUAUCUUAUUAUAUUUUUUGUUAGUAACGGAAAUGCAUGUAGUUUUUAUGUGUGCGUGAGUGAACUUGCUUGUCAGUGUAAUAAAUUGUUUACAUUGUUAAGUAUCUAUGUGUAGACACUUUAAUAACAAUAAUGAAAAUGUUUUCUUGUAAAUAGUGUGAGUAUCUGCAUUGUAAUGUAUUGUAAUAUAUGUAGCUUUCUUUUUAAAAUUUCCUAAGGUCAAUUUAAAAUAGCUGAACUGACCUCAACAGUCAAAAUUCGUGAUUGUAUUCAUGACAUUGAUGUUGCACUGUAUAGAGAGAACUUCAUGGAUCUGAAUGUGUGCUAUAAACACUUAGAUUAGAAAAUGUCCACAUGACACUGUUGAUUAUGCACUCGCCUUUUCAGCUCUACAGUAACAGUAUUUAUAUAUUUUUAUGAAAUGCAAUGUUUGUUUUGUCCGUAAUAUUUCUUUAUAAUAAACAAAGUUAAAAACUGAUAA